CCUGUGAGGCGGAGAGAAAGUGCACACUCUAUUUCUGUAAGCAGAGAGGAUCAGUCGUCUGGACGCCGCCGCUGCAGGUGUUGUUGUUGGCGUCGUGUGAAAAAGGACUUUCAGAAACCAGAGAUGUGGUAACUCCAUCGGCGUGAUGGAGCCAGAGUACGACGUGGUGGAUGACCAGAAGGAGGAGCUAAACGUGCGCAUCUUUCCUGCACGGCCCAUACACGAGGAGAGAGAGUAUGCAGACAGGGAUCUCCCGAGGACAUCUUCGGCUCAGAGCCUGUCGUCACCCUCCGCUGGAAACCCUAACCCCAGAAAAGUCCCACUGAAUCCCACUUCAGGACCAGCUGUAAACAGAGACCUCAAACCAGGACGGAAAAAGACCCGAGUGGCUCAGAAGCUCCCGCCUGCGCAGCCCGGACUCAAGCCCUCCUACAGGUGCUCUUCAUCACCUUCACCGUUUGCCUCCGAGUUAGAGAACCGUCUGUCUGCUCUGACUAUACGGGACCCCUGCAGGAGAGAUGGACACAGAGACACACACAAGGCAGACUUCAGUCCACACAGCAAAGGUCCACAGAGUGCUCAGCAUGUCUCCAGUCAGAGACUCUCUUUGGAUCUGGAGACUCAUGAUUUAGAAAAGAGGUCACAACACAAUCUUGAAAGGGGCGCGUCCAAACGCCAGCACCACGAGUGGCCUCAGACCAAAGAGGACUUUGACCAACACAACUUUGUUCCAAUGGAAAAACUUCAACAGACAUACUGUGAAGAAGAAGAAGAAGAAGACUGGUAUGUGGGGCCUUGUACCCGUGCAGAUGCUGAGCACGCCUUACACCUGGUCAAUAAGGACGGGGCCUUUUUGGUGCGAGACUGCUCCAUCAGCAGCGACAGUGAGCCGUUGGUGUUGGCCGUGUUUCAUGACAAGAAGGUUUACAACGUGAAGAUCCGCUUCCUGGAGAGCGAUGGCAAGUACGCACUGGGAAACGGCCAGCGAUCAAACGAUAUGUUCGUCUCGGUGGCAGAGAUCAUCAAGUUCCACUCCAUCUUCCCGAUCGUCCUCAUCAGUGGGAGGAGUCUACCCGGGAGCAGAUACCCGGAAAACUGUGUGCUGACAUGUCCCAUUACAAAAAGGGACGUGGACCUGCUGCUGCAAUGAGACGGGGGAACCAUGGCAACGACGAGGACCAGCUGAGUCCCAGCUCGGUCAUCACAGCAGCAGAGGGAUACAGCUUCACCUUUAAAGAAUGAAUAUAACAUAUUUACUAGACAACAUUAGAGACUGUAUGUUCACACGAUCAGAGGAAAAACACAUUUUUAAUUAUUUCUCACUAUGGGAAAGGGUUAGGGCUCAUGAGCGACUUUAAAGCCUGGCUGUUUAUUUUGAAUAAAGUCAUUUUAUUAUUUUGAUGUUCUGCAUUUAUUGGUUUUAUUUAAAGAAGAUUCUGAAAACGAUCAGAAAGCAAAACACCAUGAGAGAGACCCCCGAGUCCCGCUGUCUGUGAUGAUGUCAGAGUCAUAUGUCAUAUGUUUACAUCGUCGGGACGGCCGGCUGACUCCUCCCCUCGUGUAUAAAAGUUGUUUAAUUGAGGGACUAGAGAAAAGAAGAAUAACAUACUGUACUCACUGCUUAACUGUGUUUCUAGAUCACGCUCAUUUCAGGUAAAUUUACAUGCAGUGUGAAGAUACGAGCAGAAUAAAGAUCGCUAGCAUUAGCAUGCUAACACAACAAUGCAGCGCGAGUUGUUUUGGUUUCAUGCUGGUGCUCAAGGGCGACAUCUGCUGGAUCAAAAAAUCACAUAUAAAGAGUUUAAAGUG